UUGCUGGGUGGUGUGCAUGAGAGCAAAGCCGAACAGGACCGCCAUUUCCCGUCCUUAGAGGUCUUUUUUUGUGUGUCUUUCAUAGAGCCUUGAUAGCUGGGCAGCAGGGACAAUAUAGAAGGAAGAAGGAGGAGAGGAGGAGCGGCGACGGCGACGACUUGCGGAGCGGCGGAGGCAGGGAACCGGUGUGCUUCUUCGGGAUGAGAGCAAGGCAGUGCCAACGAAUUAACCUCAGUUUCUCUGCUUUAUUAAAUUCUAAAUGAAUUUGAACUGAUUUAACCAAAAUAGGCCUAACCGAUAUAUGUUUUCUAUAUUUAUUGCUGUCAGGUUCCGCUUCCCUUUAUAUUCCGCCCUCCCCUGGUCCGCUGCUGCCAUAGCCUAGUUUUGAUUUUUCUUUCCUCCGAGCGAGGUGGGGAAAAAGGCAAAGGAGGAGGUGGAGAUUCCAUUUCAUUUUUUUAAUCAGUUGUGGGGGACAAAAAAGAAAAUCUAAGAUCAGAAGACAAAGCCAUUCGGGCUUGAGAUUUUUUGGGGAGUCUUUUGUUUCGUUGAAUAAAGCGAAGAUGUCGGGACAGAGCAUUACGGACAGGAUAACGGCAGCCCAGCACAGUGUAACGGGAUCCGCGGUGUCCAAAACAGUAUGCAAGGCCACCACGCACGAAAUAAUGGGCCCAAAGAAGAAACAUUUGGACUAUCUGAUCCACUGCACCAACGAGAUGAACGUGAACAUUCCCCAACUGGCUGACUCUUUAUUCGAGAGGACCACCAACACCAGCUGGGUGGUUGUGUUUAAGUCGCUGAUCACCACACACCACCUCAUGGUGUACGGCAAUGAGCGUUUUAUCCAGUACUUGGCAUCAAGGAAUACACUUUUCAACCUUAGCAACUUUUUGGACAAGAGCGGGCUACAAGGUUAUGACAUGUCCACAUUCAUCAGGAGGUAUAGUCGGUACCUAAACGAGAAAGCAGUGUCCUACAGACAGGUUGCCUUUGACUUCACAAAAGUUAAACGAGGUGUCGACGGUGUGAUGAGGACCAUGAAUACAGAGAAGCUGCUCAAAACUAUACCCAUUAUUCAGAACCAGAUGGACGCCCUCCUCGAUUUUAAUGUCAAUGCCAACGAGCUGACUAAUGGAGUCAUCAAUGCAGCCUUCAUGCUCCUCUUUAAAGACUCCAUCAGGCUCUUUGCUGCUUAUAACGAAGGCAUUAUCAACCUGCUCGAAAAGUACUUUGACAUGAAGAAGACUCAGUGUAAAGAAGGCUUGGACAUUUACAAAAAGUUCCUGACUCGCAUGACCCGGAUAUCAGAAUUCCUCAAAGUAGCUGAGCAGGUGGGAAUUGACCGAGGUGACAUCCCAGACCUUUCACAGUUCACGGUUUGUGCUCCUAGCAGCCUCCUGGAAGCCCUUGAGCAGCAUUUGGCCUCUUUAGAGGGGAAGAAAGUGAAAGACUCCACUGCAGCCAGCAGGGCCAGUACUCUAUCAAACGCAGUGUCAUCACUGGCCAGCACAGGGAUGUCUUUCACUAAGGUGGAUGAGCGGGAGAAGCAGGCGGCCCUUGAGGAGGAACAGGCCCGACUCAAAGCCCUUAAGGAGCAAAGGCUCAAAGAGCUGUCAAAGCGGCCGUCCUUUUCCACCACUGAUACAUCGCCGGUCUCCACCACCGGGGGCACCAUCAGCACAGCACCAACCAUUGACCUCUUCUCCACACCCAGCUGCUCAAAUGGUGCGGUCAAGAUGGAGAGUGACCUUUUUGACCUGCAGCCAACCUUCCAGCCCUCCAUGCAGUCGGCCUCCACGGGACUCCCAGUAGCCACAGCGUGGGCAGAUCCUUUCACCUCUACUGAAGCUGGAGAUGAUUCCAUGCCAAACCUUAAUCCUUUCCUGUCAAAACUCGUUGUUGAUGCCACUCACUUACCUGUCGUGUCUUCAGACGGUGUUAGCUUUUCCUCUAGGACAUCUGGUCAUGAAAUGUUUGGUGAUCGUUACAAUCCCUUUACUGACACAAACUCAUCCGUUUCAACCAAUUACAAACGCACAGUGCGGAUAGAACACUCCAUCUCAGACUCCUUCUGUGGUCCAGCCUCCGUUGCUCAGCAUCUCCCACAUCAGGCUCCCUUCCCCACUGAGCCCUCUACUGUAGCAGGUCUAUUCAGAGGAUACUCGACGCCUCAGGCCCCUCCACAACCGCCAGCAGGGGGACUACAGGUGGACUUUGAGUCUGUUUUUGGAAACAAAGCAGCUGGCAGCAGCAGCCUCAACUCUGAUGAUCUUGCUGGAGGCAUCCUGAAACCGACUCUUGCUGGCUCCAACCUGGCGUCCAAUCAGCAGCCUGAGAAGCUUGUGUCAGAUGACCUUGACUCUUCCCUGGCCAACCUUGUCGGCAACCUGGGCAUCGGAAACGGCACGAUGAAGAAUGACAUGCACUGGAGCCAGCCAGGGGAGAAGAGGAUGACUGGCGGCACCAACUGGCAACCCAAGGCGGCCCCAACCACAACCUGGAACCCUGUUUCCAUGCCACCAUCAGUCAUGGCCUUCCCUGCCACUACACCCACGAGCAUGAUGGGAUACGGCAUGCCUCCACAGAUGGGCUCCAUGGGGAUGAUGAAUCCACCCACCAUGAUGUACACCCAGCCCGUCAUGAGGCCGCCCAAUCCCUUUGGCUCUGUGUCCAGCGCUCAGCCCUCUGCAGCCUCUAGUCCUUCCAGCCAGAGUCCUCUCCGAGCCCCUGGACAGGACCCGUUUGCACACCUCUCUCUCAAGGAUUUCUUGUAGAGCAUCUCUUUAGAUGCAGUUCAUGUAAUUUGAAGGAAGUGUCUCUCAGAAGAUGAAGCACUUAGCAGCAAAACCUUGUCCUCGUUGCCGUCUAACUCUUCAGAGAAGCAGCCCCCCACCCCCCCUCCCAAAUACAGACACGUCGAGAAUAUAAUGGUGCACCAACUGUCAGAAACCAUUGUAACCAUGUCCACACGGCGGUCGGCAGUAACUCAAACCCAUUUUAUUCUGAAAUAACUAGGCCGACAUGCCGAGUGAUGCUGCUUUCUAACCUCCCCCCCACCUCUUUUUCGAUGACUGCUUACUUGCCUUACAGUGUACUCUGUAAGGAUGGUUCGGGUGCUCAGAAGCUCACGUUAAAUUGGAGAUUCUGAGGUUGGAAAUGAAGGCUUCGAUAGAGAGAGGGGAGGGGGAGCAGUUCUUCCCCUUCUUGAUCCAAUCAUCAGUCAUCCAGACCCUGCAGUUAUUUAACCGUCACAAAGUAGUGAUGCUAACAACGUUUACACCUGUUUAGUUUUUGUCUUUUUUACCGUGUUUACAGUAGACAUUCCUUGUGUGUUGUUUGUAUUUAUUUAUGAUUAUUGGUUUAAGAUUGCCGGGGAGGGGGGGGGUUAAUGUAAAAUCUACAGUAAAAUGAUCACAUUUGUGUGGGAGUGCUUCAGCAUUAAACAAGGAUUACAGACUAUCAUUAAGAGGUAGAGAAAAAAAUAGAUAUUAUAUGAAUUACACCUAUUAAGCGGAAUGAUAGAGCACUAAAUAUUCUGAGUUUUGUGUUAAGAAAACUUCUGUUUUUUCCUACUAGAUGAAAGAUUUCACGAUUUCCAUUGUACUUACAGUGCAGGGGUUAUAGUACCAGUCAGUUAACAGUAUAUAGUGUGCCUAGGGUUUAAUUUGUAUCGGAUCCGUGUCCCCAACUAGUUUGGGGGGG